CAAAGCUGCCAGAUAUUUUAGUGGAAAUAUCAGGUUCUCCAAUUUUUUUUUAAAUUGUUUCCUCAGAGUGUUUAGUUCGAAAACAAAACCGCAAACAAGCAUUUAAAAAAUCAAAAUUGAAACUUUGAUGUGUAAAAAAGUACAAACUAUACCAAAAGCAUCCUCAAACUUGGCAUCAUUGCCAAUCGCCAGAUAAUCGGUUCCCUUUCGCAGUCCCGCACGAAAAACCAUCAGCAGCAUAUGAGCAAAAUUAAUAGAUUCAGCCGUGUUUAUUAUUCAAAAAUUAACAUCUCCAACAAUUUGGUUUCGUCGAUUUGGUUCGUCUUUUCAUCAGCCUUAUCCGUAGCCUUACCGAAAUUCUCAUAACAACGAAGUACACGCUUCCGGAAGAUUCGGCAUAUGUUGACAAUAUAGUGGGAGCAUAGUUUGGCGUAAGCUGUGAUGGACACCAUCCCUGGCACUGGUAUCGAUGACCAGAAAGACUCCGGAUAGGAUCCUUUCUUUAUACAGAUUGUGGGAUAAGAUAUUUUGAAAACACCCGACGAAUGACGACCGAUUCGAUCGGUCGGUUUGAUAAGCGCGACAACGGGAAUCAAAAAUCAACAACAGCAACAGUAACAAAAGCUGAAACAACAAAUCGUGUGGUGGAAAGCCUAAUCGGUAGCGCAUUGAUAAGCUGAUAAGAGUAAAGAGCGUACCAGGUGAAUGGCAGAAAUGGGUGCCGAAAAUUCGGAUAAGUCCAUCGAUGAUAAUUCGUCAGUCGAAGGCAAAAUGGCUCCAGGAUCGGCGGGUAGCGGACAACCAAAAAUCUGCAGCGUUUGUGGGGAUAAGGCUUUGGGGUAUAACUUCAACGCAAUGACCUGCGAGAGCUGCAAGGCUUUCUUUCGACGUAAUGCGUUGUCCACUAAAGGAUUUACCUGCCCGUUUAGUGAGAGUUGUGAGAUUACGGUUGUGACGAGGAGAUUUUGCCAGAAGUGUCGAUUAGACAAGUGUUUCCAGAUAGGCAUGAAGAAGGAGUACAUCAUGUCGGAAGAAGAUAAAGCAUUGAAGCGUAAAAAGAUCGAGCAAAACCGGGCCAAGAAACGGAUUAGUACUGUGGAAGUUGGCAAGUCAAUUGAAGGCAACGUGCCAAUGAAGAUUAAGCGCGAGGGAAGCGAUUCGGAUUGCUGGAGCAAUUCUCCAUCGGAUAUACUGACUUUGGAUUUGGCACAGCACCCAGGAUCUGUGGGAGGUUCGCAGAGUUUAUCCAUUUCAGGUGGAAGUAGUUCUAUGUAUAACGGAAUGUCUUCACCAAAUGAUAUGAGUAACUCUCCUUCUUCAUCUUCUGCUGCAUCCUGCCACAAUAUGAUUCAAAAUAAUCACGAAAAUCAACCAACAGUGGAAAGGGAUCUCUUAUCAGCUAUAUCUGUAUUAGUUCCUCAAGCCAGCGCCAGUGGAGACUCCGGUACAGAGUCUCAACAAUUGCCUGCACUUUCGCUGGAAUCCAGUCCGUCCGAAAUUGUGAAUCGGAUCGUAAAUCACCCAACGCUGGCCAGUCAAACGAUUGCCUCGCUCAUGCCAACACCCAAAGACGCCGUCUACAUCAUGUCAAAGAUAAUCAAUUCCCAAUGCGAUGCCCUCAAGCUGAUAUCGCACUUCAUCACUGCUCCUGGCGAUGCAUUGCAAAUUAUCAGCAAGAUUAUGAAUUCCCCAUUGGAUGCCCUCACGGUAUUUGCACAAUUCAUGAGCUCUCCAACGGAUGCCCUACAGAUCAUUGGUAAAAUCAUGAGCUCUCCCGCAGACGUUCUUCAAUUCAUGCAACAGCUGAUGAACCAACCAGAGGAUGCUGUCCAAAUUAUGAACAAAUUCAUGAAUGCACCGGCAGAAGCUCUCCAAAUGAUCAACAGGAUGAUGAAUCACUCAGAUGUCAUCCAAACCAUCAAAGAAGCAGCCGACACUUCUCAGCGGGACGACGAAGAAGAUCAUCUUAAAUCCUUGAUGGUAGACCCCCAGCCAGUGCCUCCUACUUCAACUCCGAUCCCAGAAAGUUCGUCUGCUUCCCCAUCGUCUACCUCACAUUGUGAAAUUCCUGGACCCCAACAAUCUCAUCCGCUACUCUUCGAAACGCACCAGUUCCUACAAAUCCCACCAACUCCGGAAGAACCAUCAACCCUGUCUACGAACCUGGACUUUUUCCUAUCGAGCCCGUUUCAAGACAUUGAAAGCAAACCCAUCCUCCCCAACACCUUGGAGGCAAUUCUGGAACAAGCUAUCCGCCUGGAAUACGAAGGUGGAAGCUCUUCAACAUCUUCGACGGGUGGCCUGCAGCAUCAGCUGCAUCAUCAUCACCAUCACCACUCGCAGCAGCAGCAACAGCUUCAGCACUCGCAACAGCUUCCAGCCUCGUCGGCGGUCGGAUUCGUGAACAACAGUAUCGAGCUGAACGAUGCCGAACGGGCCAAACUGAACGAGCUGAUCGUGGCUAACAAGGCGCUCUAUGCACCGGUCGACGAAGAUCUGGCCACGCUCAUUUCCGAUGACUGUCGGAUAAAGUCUAACCAAAACCAGCCCGAUCCGAAACUGCUGACGGUUAUAAAUCUGACGGCCAUCGCCAUCCGGCGGCUGAUCAAAAUGUCCAAGAAGAUAAGCGCCUUCAAGAACAUGUGCCAGGAGGAUCAGCUGGCACUGCUCAAGGCUGGCUGCACGGAGAUGAUGAUCCUACGGUCGGCUAUGCAGUACGAUUGCGAUCGGGCCACUUGGAAGAUUCCCCACAGCCAGGAGGAGAUGUCCAACAUCCGGGCCGAUGUGCUAAAACUGGCCAAAGGAAACGUGUACCAGGAGCACGAACGGUUCAUUCGCACCUUCGACCAGAAGUGGCGAUCGGACGAAAACAUAAUCCUGAUCAUGUGUGCCAUAACGCUGUUCUCCCCGGACCGACCUAAAACAGUCCACUCCGAUGUUAUAAAACUGGAACAGAACUCGUACUACUACCUGCUACGGCGGUACCUGGAAAGCAUCUACGUGGGCUGCGAGGCCCGCUCGGUGUUUCUCAAACUGAUGCAGAAAAUCUCCGAACUGCACCGUUUGAAUGACGAAAUCAUCAGUGUUUAUCUGGACGUGAAUCCGGCCCAGGUGGAACCGCUGCUGCGAGAGAUCUUUGACCUGAAGGUGCUUUCCUAAACUACUGAUCCUUAGCUACGAUCGUAACUAUACCUUUACAUACGAUAAUCGUAAAUAUAGCGACUACUGGUAGGAUUUCGCAUCAUACACUUACGUUGUUAAGUAAAUUUCAAUUUUUCUCUAUGUGAUAAGCCGUGCCCCGUAGGAGUUCAGCGAACAAAUCUAGUGAAUGUUGUUCAGAAGCUUUAAUGUAAUAGUUGUUCAGAUAAUAAGAGCAACAGAGUUUUUGUAUUUAUAGAGCAGUAGUAUAUCUACAUAUACAUAUAUCUAUAUUUUUUUUUACAAACACGCACGUGACAUUAAUCGAUAAGGUAUGAACAAAAAAGUUAAUAUGAGUUAUUACGAUUACCAAACUAAAAGUAAGCUGUUCGAUUUGUGUCAAAGCAUUUGUCUAGUGAGUCACUUUAAAUCUAUUUCACUCUCAAUCUGAAGCCAAGUGUCGGUCGUAGAGGGAACCAAACUUCAUCAAUACCUUGUCAGGCUAGCAAAUUUGUUAUACAGUUUAGAGUUUACUUUGUACAAAAUAGUGUACGGUUCAGUCUUUGUUUUUAUUCUUGUUAAGCCAUAUUUGAUAGUUUUAUUGUGUAAAAUCAAUAGCCGGAGAGUUUUGCGACCUUACGUCGCAUGAACAAAACAUACACAGUUCAAUAAACACAUACAAGUUAGAA